UAUGCAAGCACGCGAACCACCCGCCAUGUCCGCAUUGGCUCCGACGUUCUCCUGAGACGUGCGCACGUCCGUGUUGUGGCGCCAUCUGCCAUCCAUGCCCAGAUGCACCCCUAGCCGGCCUACGCGACUGGCGACCUCUUGUCGGCCUCGACAUCGACAAGCAACUAUCCCCGGCACAUCCACCAUCUCCCGCCUGUCUGUGGCGCAGCAGGCACAACACCUGCAUACUUGCCCGUCGCACCUUCCUCACGCCUGGCGCACUACGUCUCAACACCACGUCUGCUGUCCACGCCGCCUCCACGGCUAGCAGCCCCGGCCUCGCGUCAGCCCUAGGCGAUCAAAAGGACGCGCUCCGCCAGUUCACGCACCCUCACUAGCACAUGCAUCCACAGCCAUGGCCGGCUUUACCCAUUUCCUCAAGACCAUCCUCGUACCACUCUUCCUCGCUGCUCUCCUCUAUGCCCUGCUAGUCUUCCUCGUGCUGCCCUUUGUGCGCCGGCACCGCAGCCGUUAUAGCCAGUACCUGCCUAUGCCCGCGAGCGUGACCGACUUCCCUUCCUCUUGGCGGACGAACCUCUCCGAUGCCCUCUACAACCUCUUCGCGCCUUCCGCUUGGGUCAGACAGCGCGCGAUUGUGGAUGGGAGCGGACAACACGACGACGACUUGUUUGACGAUGAGGAGGGAGAGGGCAUGGUGGGCUUUGACCCCAUCGAUGAGAGGAGGAGAGAAGCCCUCGAACAGCGCCGGAGCAUCAUGGAGGAAGAGCGGCGGCUAGGCCGUGAGCUGGAGGAAGGCUUCAAGGACGACAGUGAGGAUGAGCAUGAAGACGAGAGGCGGCGGUCCCUAUCACGACAUCGAUGAUUUCUAUAAUACUCUUCACACCGCGUACAAGGAAAAAUAAACAGCUACACAGCCGUCUACAUUAGCAUAAAUACUAAAAAGUAGCAGAAUCCUUAGGUAAUGUAGACUUCUAGGAGGUAGGUGCUCAGGCCUUUCCUUGUAUGAGGUGU